GGCUACUACGCUUGCGUCAGGCAUGAAAAGCGGAAGCGGAAGGCUGGACGCCUCGGCGGGCACCUCAGCAACCAGUAGCCAUGAGCGGCUUGGAGAAGCCAGGGCCUCGGCCUACAGCGAAUUUGUGCGGCUGCGUGAAGCCGGCUCUGGAGACAGGGAAUAUUUUAACUGAGCCAAUUGGCUACUUGGAAUCCUGUUUCUCAGCCAAGAAUGGCACUCCAAGACAGCCAUCCGUUUGUAGCUAUUCUCGAGCCUGUUUGAGGAUUAGAAAGAGCAUCUUUAAUAAUCCUGAACAUUCCCUGAUGGGCCUAGAACAGUUUUCUCAUGUUUGGAUUUUGUUUGUUUUUCACAAGAAUGGUCAUUUGAGCUGUAAGGCAAAAGUGCAGCCUCCUAGGCUGAACGGUGCGAAGACUGGAGUUUUUUCCACAAGAAGCCCUCAUCGCCCCAAUGCAAUAGGACUGACUCUGGCCAAGCUGGAAAAGGUAGAAGGUGGAACUAUAUACCUUUCUGGAAUUGACAUGAUACAUGGCACACCCAUACUAGACAUCAAGCCCUACAUAGCUGAGUAUGACUCACCACAAAAUGUGAUGGAGCCUUUAGCAGAUUUUAAUUUACAGAAUAACCAACAUAAACCAAAAACUGUGUCCCGGUCUGACAGCAAGACUGACAGCUCUGACCAGCGACAGCUCUCAGGGUGUGAUGAGCCACAACCCCACCAUGGCACUAAGGAGAAACCUAAAUGUCCUGAAGACAGAACUUCAGAAGAUAACUGCCUGACACACAGUGACACAGCACAAAGUCAGCAGGCAUUCCCUAUGCACAGGGAGAUCACAGCGGAUUUUGGUUUGGAAUUAAGAAGUGAUCAGAGUUCCAGUGUGACAGAAGAGGAAAUUGGCCCAUAUUGCCCGGAGAAGAGCUUUUUAGAGGAAGGUACAAAUAAGAAGCUAGAAAGAGUGGAAGGAGCAGCAGUCCUGCAAGGAAGCAGGGCGGAGACACAGCCCAGGGCUCCUCACUACCCUGCUGGAAGGGCUGAUGGAGCUCCCCACAGUGUGGUUCCUGCCUGGGUGAGAGAGGCCCCUGUGGCCACUUUAGAAGUGCGGUUUACUCCUCAUGCCGAGAUGGACCUUGUGCACCUCAGUUCACAAGGUGAACCAGAUGUUGGUCAGGCAUCAUUUAAAUAUUUUCAGUCAGCCCGGGAAGCAAAGCGUGCCAUCGAGGCUGUGCUGUCAGCGGACCCUCGGUCUGUGUACCGCCGGAAGCUUUGCCAGGACCGCCUUUUCUACUUUACCGUAGACAUAGCGCAUGUCACUUGCUGGUUUGGUGAUGGCUUUGCAGAGGUUCUGAAGAUCAAGCCAGCUUGUGAGCCUGUUUAUAUGACUGAGCCUGUGGAGUUCUUGGUGCCUCUAGGGUCUUAAGGAGCCUCUGUCAUGUCUUUAAGAUAGCAUCAUUGAUCUUUGGUUCUGGCUUUUGGAUUUUCUGAAGAAGCUAAUGUACCAAGAAGUAACACUUUGUGAUCUCACUGCUUUCAUUGAUUUGGGCUGUUUAAAAUGUUUAUUUGAAAAAUGCAUACUUUAAUAAACUUAACUAAGAGAUAGAAAAUACAGAGAAAUCACCAAAUGCUUUUUGAUCUGUUGAUAUUAAAGAAUCCAAAGGU